AUGUUUGCGUGCCGUGGAUUUGAUUCUUCACAAAAUAUCCACGAAAGGGUUUGUAUCUUCAAAAAUGCCUGCAAAGUAAUACAGAUCGUGCUGCGCCGUAGCAGAGAGAAUGAGCGAAAGCUGCGGGACCAGUUAAAGGCUGUGAAGUCUUUAGCAGAACGGUACGAAACCGAAUUAUCCGAAGAAAGAAAAUAUAGGCAGGAUGUUGAGAAGAAAAUGAUUGAGCUGUCUGCACAGUUCAACGAUGAUUUGAAAGUAGCCCUCUCUGGAAAUGCAGCAUUAGAAGAUCGCCUCAGAGAGCUCUCUCAGACCCAAAAGAAAGAAAGGGCUAAGUCGACGAAACAGUUAGAAGAAGUUGCCCAUGUUUGCUCGGUUUUAGAGUCCGACAUUAAGAAAUUGGCCACUAAAUAUCAGGAGUUACUCGGUUCGAAUCGAGCAACUGCGAUCGAGAUGAGGGCUGAGCCAAUUGAUCUUCCACAAAACGCAGAUCAGUUGCAGUUUUUGUGCUUGCAGAUGAGGGAAGAACUGAUAGAGUUGAAAUCGGCUCGUCAACACGAACAGAAUGAGUUACGAGAUGAGGUCGCCCUACUGAGAGAACAAAUUGGUGAAGAGCGAAAUGCCAAACUGGCGCUAGAGCGUGAUCUCCUUGCUCAAGUCAACCAUCUGCAAACGCAAUUAGGUAUUGCAGCUAGCAAGCUGUCUACUGCAGACGCUGUUGUAAUGAACAGUGAGUCACAUUCAAGACAAAUACGCGAUCUCCAAAACACAGUAGCCGAGUUGGAAGCUCAAGUGAAACAGGUACAAAGUGAACGAGCGGCAGUUGAAAUGACUGCACAGAACUACAAAGCACGUUGCACUUCGUUGCAGAGCGAGCUGGAUACAUCUGAAGCAGUGCAAAAAGACUUCGUUCAGUUAUCUCAAAGCUUGCAAAUUCAACUUGAGAAAAUAAGACAGUCAGAGCAGGAAGUGCGAUGGCAGUGGGAAGACGAUGUUGAGAAUUGUUCAGGAUGUGGAGCUUCAGUGAUCAAAAUUAAGCCUCGACCCAGGUGUUUGCAUUGCUGCAAGAUAUUCUGCUCAUCUUGUGUACAACAAACUGUUCCGAGUGGACCGAACCGAAGACCUGCGAAUGUUUGUCAUGUCUGCCACACUUUAGGGACUCAAAGCCGUUUUUUGCCAUGGAUUCUACGAACAAAUAGUCUCGAGCCAUAUUUAUAUGCUUUCCUUUAUGAACAUUUCUUCAAUGGUUAUGUCAAAGAGCUGACAAUCCGCUGCGUCAUCGAUGCUAAUGUGAAGAGAGCGGAGUUGGAAUACGCGCUUUGA